UUGUUUUAAUUUACUAUUACUCACAGCAACAUUCCUUUUCUGUUCUGCAACAACAUCCAUCUUUCUGAGGCAUUAUUCUGAAGCUCCGGAAAAUGGCUUCGCAACAAUUUCCAAAUAAUCCACCCACCUACGACCAGGUGAUGAUGUCGGGAAACAAUGGUGCUGUUCCUGUGACCAUUAUAACACCUUCGGCACCGGCUACAUCAGGUUCAUAUCCGCGACAGGAGUAUGUGCAGGCAACUAUCGCUACGCCGGUGGUGGCUCCAAUACAUGGCGCGAUGCCUUACUACGGGACAAUGGAUGCUAACAAAGUUACCGUUCAAGUUGUCCCUCAAGUUACCCAGCCAGUCCCGGUGCCACAGAUCACACAGCAAAUUAUCGUCGUAAACGGAUGCCCUGCUUGCCGGAUCGGAAUGCUAGAGGACGACUAUUCUUGCUUGGGUAUAUUUUGUGCAAUUUUCUUCUUCCCGGUAGGCAUUCUGUGUUGCCUGGCCAUGCGCAAUCGACGUUGCACAAAUUGUGGCGCACAGUUUUGAGCAAAUUAUAGACGACCCUAGAGUACAUGUCUCAGAUGCGUGAGUUGUGAGUUCUGGAAUUGCAAUGGCUCUGCAUAACACCAGCUUCAAUCAGAUGCGAGCAAAUUACUUUGGCUCGAGAAUGACCUGUUGGCUCCUUCCAAUGCCAAUAGUAUGUUAAUAGGAAUUCAAAAAACGGUAUGUGAUACACCACCAUGAAGAAGUGGAGCGUAACCGAGUGUUAAAUCGUAAAACGCCUCUCAACACCUAGUUGAUAGGUAUACUAUUGAUAUACACGUUUGAUAGUUGUUUGUAAUCCAGUUUCAUGUCAUUUUGUAUGCCAAAUAUAAAGUUUAUUGUAAAAAACACUUCCCCGGUUCGGUUUGCGCUCUAUCAAAGAUGUCAUCUUCAGAUUGAGUUGAUUGCA